ACAAAAUGACACUCACUUGGCCUCACCAGAAGCUUUCCUAGCACAUUCUAUAAAAAGGUCCUGCUUCUUCUGAAGUUUUUCCCUUUUUCAGGGAUUUGUGAUAUUCCACAAUAACCAGAAUGUGGGAUGAGCUCACUGCAGACUGUCCAGACCAAAAGAAGUUACUUGGUGUCUGCACUGGCUGGAGAGUCAGUGGAGAAAUAUGAACGUUUACUUGACCAUCUUCUUUCUCAAAAUGUCCUUAAUGGUGAAGACUAUGAAGGAUUAAGUCUCGUAGGUCAACCCUUGUCCACUCUGGUUAGAUGCCUUUUAGACACUAUCACAAGAAAAGGUGAAACCAUCUGUAAACAGUUUUUGGAUGCUUUACAUAAAGUUGAGGACUCAGCUCAUGAAGACCACCUAUGUCUACAGCUUUCGGAGGACUUCUCUCAACCUUCUCAGUAUCUACAAAGGGAACGGCCAAGAAUUGUCCAUUUAAUUCAUAAGUAUAUAAAUACUAUUUUGCAACAACUUGUGGAGCAUCGCUACAUCCAACAGAUUGAAACUGACCAUAUACAGCUGCCUAUAUUUUCUACACCACAGAAGGCAAGAAGGCUCCUUGAUCUCCUGAGGGUAAAGGGAGAUGAACCAGCAAGAUUCCUAAUAGAAUUCAUUCACAAUGUAGGCCAAGGGCUAAUAGCUCAAGUUACAGAUGUUUGUUUAGCAUAUCAGAAUAAAUUGAAGACCACAAUAUCUGCCCAGUCAAAAUUCCUUAGCACUUACGAUGGAUCGGAGAACAUGCAAUUGGAAGACAUUUAUACAGAGAGUAUCCUGGAGAUACCAAAAAACUCAAACAACUCUGAACAUAUGCAUGGUUCUCAAAACCAGGAUCUCCUGAGUAUAUUUAAUGCCCAAGGAGUACUCAAUGACAAUGCAGAUACCAUUCUUAUUCUUGGAGAUGCUGGGAGCGGAAAAAGUACAUUGCUUCAACAAAUCCAACAUCUCUGGGCCGAUGGACUAGCAUUUCAAAAUUUCUGCUUCAUUUUCCCAUUUAGUUGUAGAAGGUUGCGUUGUAUUACCAAGCCAAUAUCUUUAAAAACACUUCUGUAUGAGCAAUGCUGCUGGCCAUCAGAUCAACUUCAGGAUGAAAUAUUCCAGUUCAUUCUUGAUAAUCCAAGGCAGGUCCUUAUCACUUUUGAUGGAUUCGAUGAGUUGAGGUUUGCUUUCACAGAUGACUCUAAACAUUGCUCUCCUACUGAAACAACGAACAUAGCAAGCCUUGUUUUCAACCUCCUUCAAGGAAACCUGAUAAAAGAUUGUAUAAAAGUGGUAACCAGCAGACCGGAUGUUGUGACUGUUAACCUAAGGAAAUAUGUAAGAAAAGAACUGCAUUUAAAAGGUUUUUCCGAAGAAGGGAUUGAGUUUUUUAUGUCAAAGCACCACAGCACCCCAGACACGGCAAGAGACAUCAUCAAUGUGGUGAAAGCCAAUUCUUCUCUCCAUGGACUUUGUAAUAUUCCUGUGCUCUGUUGGAUUGUAUCAAAGUGUCAUGAGCAACUGGUUGGUUGUGGUAGCAACACUCCACAGACCAUGACUGAUAUGUAUUUUCUAACUCUCAAACAUUUCUUCCUUCAUUCCUCAACAAAGUUAAAGGUAAGAGAGACAAUUCUCAUAGAAAAAGUCAACUCAAUCAGACACCUUGGGAAAUUGGCACUUAAUGGACUCUGUCAAGGAUUAUAUGUAUUUUCUUACCUUGAUGUUGCUAAGGAAGGGGUUACUGAAGAGGACUUAUCCUUAGGGUUUCUUGUCCUUUCAAGAAACUUUUCAGAUGUAGAGAAAGUUUCAUCGCAAUAUUAUGAGUUUCUUCAUAUUACACUUCAGUGCUUUUUUGCAGCACUGUAUAUCAUAAUGAAUGAUGAUAUUGGCUCAUCCUCGAUCCGUCACCUCUUUAAAUGGAACAAAAAAACUGCAGACAAUUCUAGUGGAAGACUACAUAGAAUGUCUCGGUUUUGUUUAAAGCCAUUCCUACAUAGCCAAGGCAAACCGUUGUUAUGCAACAUGGAGAUUAGAAACCUCCAGCUCACUGCAACAUUUGUAGCGGGUCUGUUCUCGAAGGCAUUUUACAACAAUCUGCUUGAUUCAUGGCAUCUGAUAAAACUUCCUAGGAAAUGUAAAAUCGUUAAAAAAUGUCUGGCCAAAGGUAUCCAGAAGCACUUUAAUUCCAUACCGUCUGUUCUGAAAGAUGAGAAGAAAAGCAUGCAUGCUAUGCCAGAAUUUGUCUGGCUCAUAAGGUGUAUUUAUGAAUUGCAAGACAUGACUUUGUCUGAGAAGGCCGUGCAAGGUCUAGACAUUGAUCACUUGAAGAUGACCUACUGUCGGAUUAGUCCAGCUGAAUGUACAGCACUGGCAUAUGUACUGAAGCAUUUAAAGAAACCAGUUGGCAUACAGUUGGAUCACAAUUAUGUUGGUGACAUUGGAAUUGGGCAGUUGAUUCCCUGUCUUAACAAGUGCCAUUCUCUAUAUUUAAGAGACAACAACAUUAGUGACAAAGGGCUCUGCAGACUCAUGGAGCAGAUUCUUCACUGGCCAAGCUUCCAGAAGAUUGCGUUAUUCAACAACAAACUGACUGAUGAAUGCAUGAGUUCCAUAGCUUGUGUGCUGAAACACAAGCAGAACUUUUUAUCUCUAAGGCUAGGGAAUAACUUUAUAACCAGUAUUGGAGGACAGAUACUAGCAGAAGGCCUAAGAGAAAACAACUCAAUUAAAUAUCUAGGACUCUGGGGGAACCAGGUGGGUGAUACUGGGGCUAAAGCUAUUGCAGAUGUCUUAAAGGUUAACCGAACAUUGAUAUGGCUCAGCUUGGUAGGCAACAAUAUAGGAAGUGUGGGAGGAGAGGCCCUGGCUGGCAUGUUGGAGAGAAACACUGUACUGGAGGAACUCUGGCUUGAUGAAAACAGACUUCAGGAUAUCGAUGCUAUUUUGAUUGCAGAGAGUCUUAAGAAAAACCGUGCCUUGAAGGUUUUGAAGCUUUCUAACAAUGGUUUUAGUAAAACUGGUGUCUCUGCCCUAGCUGAAGCUCUAAAGUUCAACAAUGUUAUCACUGCCAUCUGGCUCAAAGGAACUAAGCUCACAACUGAAGAAAAGGAAGCAUUUGAACAUGUGGAUCGACUAUUUGUUAAGAGAUGAUAAACUCAUCUACAAAUGAGACAUUGAAUAAAGAAUGUUGUUCAAUUCAGGAGGAUGCUCUCUUCCCAUUCUCUACACUGCAAAUCGACAAAAGUCUCCCCAGGAAUGAAGAGCAUUGUAUGAAGAGCGAAUGUCCUAUCCAUCCAAACAGGAUGAUCAUUAAUUACACUGCUCAAAAAAAUAAAGGGAACACUUAAACAACACAAUGUAACUCCAAGUCAAUCACACUUCUGUGAAAUCACACUGUCCACUCAGGAAGCAACACUGAUUGACAAUCAAUUUCACAUGCUGUUGUGCAAAUGGAACAGACAACAGGUGGAGAUUAUAGGCAAUUAGCAAGACACCCCCAAUAAAGGAGUGGUUCUGCAGGUGGUGACCACAGAACACUUCAUGUGCUUGCCAGAGGUAGCCUGACAGCCAUUAGGUACCGAGAUAACAUCCUCAGACCCCUUGUGAGACCAUAUGCUGCUGCGGUUGGCCCUGGGUUCCUCCUAAUGCAAGACAAUGCUAGACCUCAUGUGGCUGGAGUGUGUCAGCAGUUCCUGCAAGAGGAAGGCAUUGAUGCUAUGGACUGGCCCGCCUGUUCCCCAGACCUGAAUCUGAUUGAGCACAUCUGGGACAUCAUGUCUCGCUCCAUCCACCAACGCCACGUUGUACCACAGACAGUCCAGGAGUCAUCAGGAGCAUGCCGAGGCGUUGUAGGGAGGUCAUACGGGCACGUGGAGACCACACACACUACUGAGCCUCAUUGUGACUUGUUUUAAGGACAUUACAUCAAAGUUGGAUCAGCCUGUAGUGGGGUUUUCCACUUUGAUUUUGAGUGUGACUCCAUAUCCAGACCUCCAUGGGUUGAUCAAUUUGAUUUCCAUUGAUAAUUUUUGUGUGAUUUUGUUGUCAGCACCUUCAACUAUGUAAAGAUGAAAGUAUUUCAUACGAUUAGUUCAUUCAGAUCUAGGAUGUGUUAUCUUAGUGUUCGUUUAUUUUUUUUUAGAAGUGUAUAAUAAGCUAUACCAUACAUUAUACAACAAUUUCUAAUUCAAAACAAAAAAUACUUAACUUUACUAUUUAUGAAAUAUUUAUACAUUAGUACAAUUGAGUAGUAUUAAUUUAUAGACAUUAAUUUGCAGUCAUGUGAUCAUUUAACAGUAGUCGGAA